UGAGCCCGGGCUCCGCCGGCAGCGCCCGCCGCCCCGCGCCCCGGGAAGAUGCUGAGCAGGUGGAUGAGUGGCAGCAGCAGGAACCUGGACCGCGAGUACAACUGCACCGUGCGGCUGCUGGACGACAGCGAGUACACCUGCACCAUCCAGCCGAAACGUCUGCUUUCUGCUCACUUUUCGUACCUGUUUUACAACGUCACCUGCUGUGAACCCGCCGGCUAUUCCCCUCUCAGCAGCCAAUUUCCUGACAGAAGCGCUUUGCUUGUCACCUUCCCGCGGAAGAUGCUGAAGGCGAACACGGACUCAGACGCAGGUGUCGGUGUCCGCACGCUCGUGCUCACGCGCGGGAGGACCAGGGGCACCAAAAGCUCCUGA